UGUAUUGUAUUGCAUCUCAGUGUUUACUUGUAAUUCUGCUACUCGCCAUUAAUUUUCAUUGCAAAAAAAAAAAUAUAAAGUCAAUACAAAAUAAUAUUUGACAUGUUUACCAACAAAAUUUGUUAAUUAGUCAACUAAAAUUAUUCAUCACUUCAUUCUGAUAAUUCCCGCUGAUAAAUAAUCUAUCGAUAUCAAUAAAAUAAUGAAAUUGAAUUACUUAUCUUCAGACAAUGUCGUUGAAAAAAUAGUUACAAAAAGCGGCAGUAUUUUAAAUAAACCAACAGAGAAAUCGAUAUGUCAGUUAAAAAUAUCAGAUAUUACACCCGGGUCAUUGGGUCCUGAUGAAUUCAACAGCCGGUUGCUUCACACGGGUGACAUUACCCUAGUGAUUGGAGAAGCCGAUUCAGAAGUUGACAGACAAAUUGAGCGAGCGUUAAAAUGGAUGGGAGAAGGCGAGUCCGCGGUUGUCAAUAUAAAGUUACCUUCUGAUGAAUCCGAAUCACCUGCACUUAAAAUAUCUUUAACUUUGUCUUUAAUAAAACAUGAGCCGUUCAAACCCAUAUGGGACUGGACUCCAUCAGAAAAAUACUUGACCGCAUCCGAAUACAAAGAGCGCGCGCUGAAACUGAUGCAGGAAAACAGAGUAAAAGACGCGUUCAUAAGAUUCAGUAAAGCCGUAAGCUUGAUUAUAACCUUGGAGCCCAUAAAUGAUCUCGAGUUACCGGAAGAUCUUCUACGGGACAUAAAUAAUCUGAGGACCAGUUUGUACAACAACAUGGCGAUGUGUCAAUUGAAGUACGACAACUACGAGCACGUAAUUUCCCUCUGCACAAAAGUACUUGCGAGAGAUAAAAAUAACGUCCGGGCGAUGUAUCGUCGCGGGUGCGCCUUCGGAAGUAUGAAAAAUAUUGAGAAUGCUCUGAGUGACUUUCAAAAAGCCGCUCACAUUGAGCCCGCGAAUGCUCUGGUCUGGAAAAAAAUGAUAGCUUACAGCAAACUUUGGGAAGAGGCCGCUAAAAAAAGCGACGAUUUGCUUAAAAGAAUGUUUAAAAUUUAAUAAAUUUAAUAAUUAUACACAUGAUAUACAAAAAUAUGCGCAUUUAUUUACUACCCAUAAUUACACACGCAUUACCUUUGAAUAAAAAUUUACGCAGAGAGCUUAUUAAUAAAUUUAAUUUAAUUUUUUUGUAUUUUAAAAUAAAUUAACAACAAAUAUAUUAAAAACUCAUCUAAUUUGCCCAAUUAUUAUUUAAAAUAAACCUAGUAUGGCAAUUUAAAAAAAAACAAAUGUGCAUAGAAGCAGCAUUUACAUGCCGACGUAUUUAGUUACAGUUAAUUAUAUACAUUAAACAAAAUAAUAGUAAAUGAGAAAACAGCUUAUCUAUCUAUACAUUUAAAAAUAUUAGACAGAUUUAAUAUAUAUUUAUAUUUUUUUUUUCCUUUAAACUCUCUGAAGAUGUAUAAAAACAUUUAAUCGUGCAUUAAAGAUCCUACGGUCAACAAUAACGAGUUAUAGUUUAUUGUUGAGUAAUUAAUUUUCAACAUACAACACUGUUAUAAUCUGUAAAUACUGUACAUACAUUCACUCAACCGAAUUUAUAAUUAUUAUUUAAAUAAGAAUGUAUUAAGACGCUAGCAUUUACGUUAACAAUAAUAAUAAUAAUAGUACCCUAGAAUCACAGCUUAUUUAAUUAAGAUCGUUAUUUUUUAACUGCCGAUUUAAAAUAUAAAUUAUGAGUGUGAACGUUGCAGACAUCAGACAAAUUUUAAAUUAUUAAUGAGUAGAGUUAAUAAAUAAUACAAUUAAAUUUUUAAAAUAUGCGCAUUAAAAAAAUUUUGAAAUUAAUGAGUGCAUUUUUUAUAAAUAUUUUUUAAUUAUUAACUCUGUUUAUAAUUUUAAAUUUGUCUGAUGUCUGCUACAUUUAUCAUAAAUGAUUCCGGGUUUACUAUAAAAAAAUGUCUGAGCCCUUAGAAAGUUCAAGAAUAAAAUUACUUGGUAUUGGUCGGGUAUCUUCGGUUUUUAUCCUACGGCUACCAUUGGUCGAACAAAAACUCAAAAUACCGACUAGUCCCGAGUAAUUUUUUUCUAACCUGCAAUGAAUUCAAAUAAUUUUUUUUUUUUAUAGUAAACCUAGAAGUUCAUAUAUUUUAAUUAAGAUCUUUACUUUUACUGCUGAUUUAAAAUAUAAGAUUCUAGGUUUACUGUAAAAAAAAUAAUAUUUGAGUCCUUAGAAGGUACAAGAAUAAAAUUACUCGGUAUCGGUCGGGUAUCUUCGGUUUCUAUUCUACGGCUACCAUUUGCGAACAAAAACCCAAAAUGCCGACAAGUCUCGAGUAAUUUUUUUCUAAUUCUAACCUCUGCAAUGGGUUCAAAUAAUUUAUAUAUAUAGUAAACCUAGAAGUUCAUAUAUUUUAAUUAAGAUCUUUUUAUUUAUUUACUACCAAUUUAAAAUAGCGAUUCUAUAUUUACUACAUACAAAAAAAUUUCUAAGUCCUUAGCAGGUGGAAUAAAAUUAUUCGGCACAAGUCGGGUAUUUCCGACACCUGUCGUAGACUCAGGUUUUUUUGGUGUAUAGUAAAUUUAAAAUUUCCGUUUAUUAAAAUUAAGAUCUUUAUUCUUAUUUAUUUACUACAGAUUAUAAAAGCAACGAUUCUAGGUUUACUGUACACGAGAUAAUAUCUGAGUACCAAGCAGACAUUGUAAUAAAACCGGAACUCGGUUAUCUUCAGUUUUUGAUAUCACUACCGAGGAACAAAAAACCGAAGAUACCCGACUAGUCCCGAGUCAUUUUAUCCCAACAUCUGUAAGGGACACAAUUUGUUAUUUUGUUUUCCGUAGAUAAAAAUAAUAAAUUUUGAAUAUAAAAUAUUAAUUAAUU